AUGGCACUCAUCUCGCUGAUCGCGGUGGUCGUUGUAAUAGCGGUGGUAUCUUUCAUCAACUAUAUCAACACUUCGAAAAAGGAUCAGCUGCCGGCAGGAGUACAGAGACUGCCAGGCCCCAAAGGCUUCCCAAUCAUCGGCAGCGUACCAGACGUGCCAGACAAAAACAGUUUUCUCAAGUUCCACGAAUGGGGGCAACAGUAUGGUCCCAUCUACCAAACGAACCUCGCUGGCCAGAACCAUGUUUGGAUCACGCGGGAUCGUGUUGCCCAAGAUCUUCUCGGCAAGCGUGCCGCUAACAAUUCUGAACGUCCAUUUAUUCCAUCUCUCCAGGCCGACAAUCGUGACAGCGGCCAUUAUCUUCCUUUGAUGUCUCGAAACGAGUUGUGGACGAGGCAGAGAAAGUUCGCAAAGCAAAUCAUGGACAAAUCGUCAGCCAAUUCGUUUUACCACUACCCUGAACUGGAGUCGAUUCGUCUUCUAUUUGAGCUUAUGACGGAUCCUUCUCGUUACAAUCAUGCUCUGGAGUCCUUCAUCUCAAGAGUGACUUGCAGGCUUGGGUGGGGAAGUGCAGCUCCCUCUGACGAACUGAAACAGCGGGCAAGGGAACUGCUCAUAGGUGUUUCUCCAAAUGGUGCACUCACAAACAAACUAGGCUUCCUCAAGAAACUUCCCGAGGCUGUUGUACCAGCGAAAGCUUGGGAGUUUCGCAGAUACAGGACUGAAAGUCGAUUUUUCACCAUCUUGCAGAAUGAAGUCAGGGAGAAGCUCAAAAGUAAGACUGCUCCAGAGUCUUGGAUGCGUCACUUCCUGGAGAACAAGGCUGCGACUGGAUUCGCGUCUGACUUGGAAGGUGCUUACGCUGUAGGUAUGCAUGGCAUCGCUGGCGCACUUACCAUCGCUGCUCCCAUGCAGAGUUUCUGUCUUGCCAUGUGCCAUUAUCCUCAGUACCAACCUAUCUUACACGAGGAGAUCGACAAGGUCUGUGGUGACAGACUGCCAACACUUAGCGAUAUGCCCAAUAUGCCCGUGCUGCGAGCCUUCAUCAGGGAGACUAUGCGGUGGCGCCCGCCUGUACCUACCGGCAUCCCCCACGAGUCUGUCAAAGACGACAUUUACGAAGGCUAUUUCAUCCCUGCAGGCUCCGUCAUGCAUCCUCUCGAAUGGUCCAUUAGUCGUGACCCAGAGAUGUUCCCUAAUCCCGACGAGUUCAACCCAAUGAGAUGGCUGGAAACGAAAUAUCCUACCUACCAAGAGCCUUUGAGCAGAUACCCUACCAUAACCCAGUACAGCCAGUUUGGUUAUGGUCGCCGUAUCUGUGCGGGCAUGGGGGUCGCCGAGGCAGACCUCUUCGUCGGUAUCGGCAGUCUUGCCUGGAUGUUCUCUCUGAGCGCUAAACUUGAUGAGCACUUCUCUGAAAAGAUGUUACCGACAGACACAUGUAGGCUGUCUCGAAAGAAGACCGUCAAAAGGCCAAAGGCUUUGGCUCGAGCAAAGACUGUUACUUACAAGCUGCGCCUGCCUGGUUCGUCCCUUCCUGGCCAGUUUCCAGCUUUCUUUGAACAGCACACUGGCCCUGAUACUCCACCUUCGUCACCCAAAGCUCGAACUGCGAUGGCAGGUACGUCCGACAUGCCUGCCGUGAACAACAUGUUCAACUCCACCGCCGACGAAAAGGACUCAAAGCCUGAUCCCACGCUCGAGUACUCAAGUUUGCUGAUCGCAAAGCCUCUCCCAUUCAAAUUCAAUAUGAAGAUCAGAGACAAGAAGAAGGCCGAGCACGUCGCUCGCGAGUGGAUGUUCUACAAGAUGGAUGGUGAGUUUGAAGAUUCGAAAUGUUAUUGGGAAGGCGGUAAUGCUGGCAACAAACAGUAUGGAUGGGGUGAGGUGCACAAAUGA